GUGCUGAAUCAGACUCACACAGAGACGGAGAGAGCCUCCUCCUCACUAACUACUAACACAAGGCGUCACCAUGCCGUCACUCCCCACAGGCAAACCUUUCCUCAUCUGUUGCACCCACUUCAUCUUCCUCUUCGUCUUCCUCUUCGCCUCCUCUCACGUUCGGGGGGCUUCUCUCCGGCAGCGAGGAAGUGAAUCCCAGAGAGGAGGAGGAGGAGGAGGAGGAGGAGGCGACUUCCUGCAGAGCCCCAACGACGACAUGCUCAAAGCUCUGGAGUUCAUCGAGAGCCUGCGUCAGAGGAGCGGCACGAGUACGGGAUACGAUGUAGACGACGCCGAGAAGCUGAGAGCGAUGCUGAGGCUGGCUCCGAAAGAGGAAGAGGAGGAUGAGGAGGAUGAUGAAGGCAGGGAGGAUAAGAGUGAGGAGCUGCUGCAGGCUGUGCUCAGCACCCUCCAGGAGACGGAGCAAGCCUCAAAACAGACGCCGCUUCGCCCCAGGGUGCAACAACACGGCAUCAAGCCCCACAGGAAGAUGCCGCUGAUGUUUGAGGAUGAGGAAGAGGGCGAGGGCGACGAGGAAGAAGAGGGAGAGGAGGGGCCGGAUCUGGCGCCUUUCAAACGCACAAACGAGAACGUGGAGGGGAAGUACACGCCGCAGAAUCUGGCCACGCUGCAGUCCGUGUUCGACGAACUGGACAAGAUGACCAGCGUGAAGACGAAGAGGCAGGAAGAGGAAGAGGAGGAUGACGAAGAUGAGGAUAUGUUCAACGUGAGGAACGUGGCGUAUGACGACGAAGGAGGGGAUCUCGCAGACUGGGGAGAGGGGGAGGAAGUCAAACAAGAGGAGGACCGACGGACCGAUUAUGACGAAGAAGCGGACGACGACGAGAAAGACAACUACCCGGUCAAGAGGUCAAGAGACACGGACGAAGUCGCCAAUCUCGUAGACUAUUACCUCCUGAAGGUGCUGGAGAAAACGGAGGAAGAGGAGCACAAGAGAGAGAUAGAGGAAGAGGAGAAGAAGAGAGAGGAAGAGGAGAAGAAGAAGAGGGACACCAUGGAUCCGAGGACCAUCUACCAGCUCAUACAGAUCUCACAGAAAUACCAGAUCCCCCCGGAGGACCUGGUGGACAUGCUGAACACGGGAGAAACCACCGAGCCACGAAAACCCUCUCCGGUGUCCCCGAAGAAGACGCACAAGUUUCCCGAAGAAACGUUCUUCAACAGACGAUUUCCUGAGAGGCAGAAGACCCCCGAAGAAAGGCGGACGGAGGAGAUCCUGAGCAUCCUGGGGUUAGGAGGCGACGAAGACAAAACUCCCGUCAGGAAGCAGUACUCCUCCUACUCCUCGCCGUCAUCACAACGGAGACCCCUCCCCUCCGGCACGUUACGGGACGACUACGACGACACCUUGGACGAAGACGAGCUGGCGGCGUAUCUAGCGGCUCAGAUGCUCGUUCGGUAUCCGAUAAACAGAAACAGAAACAACAAGGUGAGCCAAAAGCGGGAGGAACCGAGCGGCGCCGGCUCCUUUGAGCGGGCGAUGCAGGCGUACUUUGAUCAGAUGGACUCGGGUAGAAAGGAAAGGAGACACACGGAGGACGAGGACGAGGAGGAUAAGACGAAGGGUUUUGAUAAUGAGGCGGUGAUGAAACUAAUGAGCUACCUGAGCCCAGACACUGAAGAGAGAGAGAGCGACGCCAAAACUGAACAGGAGAAAUAAAGCCUGGAGAUAGAUGUAUAGUAUAUAUAAAUAUAUAUAUUGUUUUGGUGGAGAAUAAAGUAUUUUGAAGAAUAAAAUGAAAUGCAGUUCAGUAGGUUUACAACCGUUCUUAUUUAUUAGCAGAGAUGUGAGUUCAGACAUUCAUUUGAUGCUUCUUCUUUUUUUAAACAAUCCGUACAUGUGACUCACCAGCCUUUCAACACACACACACACACACACACACACACACACACACACACACACACACACACACACACACACACACACACACACACACACACACACACACACACACACACACACACACACACACCACACACACACACACACACACACACACACACACACACACACACACACACACACACACACACACACACACACACACACACACACACACACAAAUCAGUGUUGGAUCCUUGUGUUUUUUUGGGGUAAUUCUUUCUUAAAUGUGGUCAUAUGUGACAUUCCUGAGGUUAAUAAAGCAUUGACUUUAUUUUUUCCUUA